GCGCCGGGCUGGGCUGGGCCGGGCUGGGCUGCCUCAGUCCCGCCCCGAGCCCCGCGGAGGAGCAGCGCGGGACGGCUCGGCCCGGCUUGUCUCAGCUCCUCUCGGCCCGGCUCGUCUCGGCCCGGCUCGGCCCGACUCGGCCCGGCUCGGCUCGGCUCGGCUCGGCUCGGCCCGGCCCGGCUCGGCUCGGCUCGGCCCGGCUCGGCUCGGCUCGGCGGGCACCAUGGAGGCGGCGAGGCCGUGGCGGGCGCUGCUGUGCCUGGGGCUGGGGCUCUCGCUGCUGCUGGCCGCGGCCGGUGACUUCUGCGAUGUCAACCACUGUCAGAAUGGGGGCACCUGCCUGACCGGCAUUAAUGAGACCCCCUUCUUCUGCAUCUGCCCUGAAGGCUAUAUCGGGAUUGACUGCAAUGAGACCGAGAAAGGCCCCUGCCACCCUAAUCCUUGCCACAAUAACGGCGAGUGCCAGCUGGUCCCGAACCGGGGGGAUGUCUUCACUGAAUACAUCUGCAAGUGCCCCGCGGGGUACGAUGGGGUGCACUGCCAGAACAACAAGAACGAGUGCUACUCCCAGCCUUGCAAGAAUGGAGGCACCUGCCUAGACCUGGACGGUGACUAUACCUGCAAAUGCGCUUCUCCGUUCUUGGGGAAGACCUGCCAUGUCCGCUGUGCUGUUCUCCUGGGCAUGGAAGGGAGGGCCAUCUCCGACGCUCAGCUCUCGGCCUCCUCUGUCCACUACGGCUUCCUUGGCCUGCAGCGCUGGGGACCGGAGCUUGCCCGCCUCAACAACCAUGGCAUCGUCAACGCCUGGACCUCCAGCAAUUACGACAAGAGCCCAUGGAUCCAGGCCAACCUGCUGAGGAAGAUGAGGCUGAGUGGGGUCAUCACACAAGGUGCUCGCCGCGUGGGCCAGGCAGAGUAUGUCCGCGCCUUCAAAGUGGCCUACAGCCUGGACGGACGGGAGUUCACCUUCUACAAGGACGAAAAGCAGGACGCGGACAAGGUUUUCCCGGGGAACAUGGAUUACGGCACCAUGCAGACCAACAUGUUCAACCCUCCCAUCACGGCCCAGUUCAUCCGCAUCUACCCCGUGAUGUGCCGGCGGGCCUGCACGCUCCGCUUUGAGCUUAUCGGCUGUGAGAUGAACGUGUAUUUCAACACGGCAGGUUGCUCGGAGCCUCUGGGCAUGAAAUCCCGCCUGAUCUCUGACCAGCAGAUCACGGCCUCCAGCGUCUUCAAGACCUGGGGCAUUGACGCCUUUACGUGGCACCCCCAUUACGCCCGCCUGGACAAGACGGGCAAAACCAACGCCUGGACGGCGCUCAACGACGGCCCGUCUGAGUGGCUGCAGAUCGACCUGCGGGACCAGAAGAAGGUGACGGGCAUCGUCACGCAAGGCGCCCGCGACUUCGGGCACAUCCAGUACGUGGCAGCCUACAAAGUGGCCUACAGCGACAACGGCACGUCCUGGACCGUGUACAGGGACAGCCGGACGAACAGCACCAAGAUCUUCCACGGCAACAGCGACAACUACUCGCACAAGAAGAACGUGUUCGACGUGCCCUUCUACGCCCGCUUCGUCCGCAUCCUGCCCGUGGCCUGGCACAACCGCAUCACGCUGCGCGUGGAGCUGCUGGGCUGCGACGAGUAGGCGCCGGGGCGGCGCGGAGACCGAGGCCGGGACUGCUGCUCCCCGUCGCCUGUCCGCCCCUGCCCUCCCGCGCACCUCCUGCUGCAGCCUCCGCCUCCGUCCCGCGGCCGGAGCAGGGCCCCGCGGCCUCCCCCGGCUCCGCCGCAGCCCGGAGAAACGCGGGGGGCGGCUGGGGCCCCCGGUGCUGCCUCGCCUCGGCGGCCGUCGCGGCCGGGCCGGGGGCUGCGGCACUGCACUUUACGGGCUGUCGCGGGCAGGGGAUGGGGACGGGGACGCCUCCCGCCCCGUGAGCCGGCGGCGAGGCCCCGUCCUGCGAGCGGGGCCCUUCUGCAAACCGGGCUUCCCCGCGGCCUCGAGCGGAGCCUGCGAACAAAUCGUCUCCCCCUUUUCGCUUCUGCUUCCCGCAGUGAGGCCGGGGCUGGUGGCGGUCUGCUGCCUUCGCCGCGCCGGCCGUUUUGGGGAAGCCACAGCAGGUCCCCGGGGCUCGCGGCCUCCCCCGUCCCUCCUGCUCCCUCGUGGCUGCGAGCAGGGGCACCGACCCCCCCCCCCCCCAGCGGCUUCCCCUGGCGCUGGCCCCGCGCAGUGUCAGCUCCGCAUAGUGCGAGGGGAGUGAUGAGCGGGGCCGGGCAUGCCGCGCGUAGCCGGCGGUGUUGGGCCUCCGCCGCCGCUGCCUCCGGGUGCCGCUGCUCCGCAGCUCGGGGUUUUGCAGCCGAGAGCCGGUCCCAGCCCCCGGCGGGGGUUCGCUGGGGGGAGCUGGGUGCAGACGUGCCCUGGGGCGCCUGCCGCUGCUGCCGGGAGAGAAGAGGGAGCUCUGUAACUGGGGGCGGGAAGAAAAGCUCGAAAAAGAGGUGAAGUAACCCAAAUGCAGCAGGUGAAGAGCCAGAGCACUGAUCCUUUCUGUAACCUGACUUUUCUCUUCGGGGGCCGGGGGGAGCCCCUCGCGAUGCUUGAGCAGCUGGGAGUAGCGGUAGCAGACGCGGUACCCGUGAGCGCGCGCGUGGCCCGGGGCUCCCGGCGGUGCCCCGUCCCCGGGGCCCAGGGCAGCUGGCGGCGGCGCUUUUCCCCCCGACCCGCUGGGGCGCGGGGCGGCCAUGGAGCUGGGCUGGCGGUGCCUUUGCUUCGGGAGCUGUGCCGGCCGGGGGCAGCGUGUCGCGGCGGCCCCGGGCCGGGGUGUCUCUGACAGUAUUAAAACCAGCUGAAACUUG